CCAGAGCAUCUUAUUUUACAAUUUCUGUCUCCAUGUAGAAAACUUUUCAAUCAAGAAGCCAGUGGAGAUGGCAAAACCUGACCUUCCACCUGUAGAGGCAGCCCGACUCGUCGAGAGGGACCCCCCCGAGGCCCCGCAGAUUAAAGGACCGGUGGAGCUACCAGAGAAGAAGGGGGAGGAGGUGCAGUUGGACCGCCCUGACGCCGGUGUUGCGGUGCCGGAAGGCGAGGCGCACCGCCAUGAGCCCCCCAUCCCUCAUGACGCCGUGCCGGUGGACACAAGGAAGAACAACGCAGAGCUGGAGGAGGACCAGAAACUACCGAAAGAACCAAAAGAAAAUGAAAAGCAAGUUUUAGGGCACUCUGAGGAGGUGGAGGGCAAGAAGGACGACAUCAAUGGAGACAAAGUGAAGCCUGUAAAGGACAUCGUGGGCAAAGAGGAAGUGGAUCUGGGCGGAGGUGAAGCCCGGUCCAAUGAGGUGUUGGAGAAGCCGGUUGCAGAGAAAGACAAAAAGCGAGACGUUCCCCCGCUGAAGGAAGGUGAGAAGCUCGACCCGGUGAAAGACCCUCUGCAAGGGAACGCAGCCGAGUUGGGGGAUAAAGCUGGAAAAGCUCCGGACGCUGCGGGGAAACCGCCACUUGCUGAAGGAGAGCAUCAUGCUGCGGACGGGGCUCCAGGGGCAGAGAGCAAAGACACAGCGGACGAGAAGAUGGACGGUGAGCGGAUUCAGGGGCGUUGACAUGAGCUCAUAGUCUGUGGUCACUAAGUUAGCAGCAGUUUCAAAGAAGUUGCACUGAAAAUGUGUAAUGUAUUUAUAUUUGUUUUAU